AUGGUUUCGAUAUGCAAAGCCAAGUCGCUGGACCAUUUCGUCCUCACCGUCAGGGACAUUGCCGCAACGAUCCAAUUCUAUGGAGAAGUUUUAGGGAUGCAGCAUGCCUCAUUCGCGGCACCCACUGAUCCUAACAUCACCCGCCAUGCACUGAGGUUCGGCUCGCAAAAGAUCAACUUACACCAGAGCGGCAAGGAAUUCGAGCCCAAAGCGCAGAAUGUACAGCCCGGGAGUGGCGAUUUGUGCUUCUUGGUGGAAGACAAUGUCGAGGAAGUGCUUAAAUCUCUGCAGGGACUCGGGAUCGACGUUCUCGAGGGCGGGAAGGUUGUUGAGAGGACAGGGGCCCAGGGAAAGUUGCGGAGUGUCUAUGUCAGAGAUCCGGAUGGGAAUUUGGUCGAGUAA